AAACGGAAACGGGGGCAGUUGGUGAGUUGGGACUUGGGAGCCGACGCUGUCGGGGUGAUCCAGUCGCCGCCGACGCCGCCGAACGCGCCCGCGCCCGAGCCUCCCUCUACGCGGACGCGGGAGGACCCUUCCACUCCCAGAGCCGGGCGUGUCCGAUCGUGAGCCCAUGGCGGAAUCCAUCGUCUCCGGCGCCGCCGCCCCGCCGCCGGGCGCGCCCUCGUUCUCCUACCUGGCCGUGUUCUCCAACUGCCCGCUCGUCGCCGCGGUGCUCGCCUUCGCCAUCGCGCAGUCCAUCAAGGUCCUCACCACCUGGUAUAAGGAGAACCGGUGGGACGCGAAGCAGCUGGUGGGCUCCGGCGGGAUGCCGUCCUCGCACUCGGCCACCGUCACCGCGCUCGCCGUCGCCGUCGGGCUGCAGGAGGGGUUCGCCAGCUCGCUGUUCGCCACCACCGCCGUCUUCGCCUCCGUGGUGAUGUAUGAUGCCUUUGGUGUUAGGCUACAUGCAGGGAAGCAAGCAGAGGUCUUGAACCAGAUUGUGUACGAGCUUCCAUCAGAACAUCCACUAGCUGAAACAAGACCGCUGCGAGAGCUGCUAGGGCACACACCUCCACAGGUAUUUGCUGGCGGAGUGCUUGGAUUUGCAGUAGCCACAUUUACAGCGAUGAUUGCUGGGCUUGGUAGUUGACUCCGCAUUUGAAGAAAUGGUCAACAUUCGCAUUGAAGUUCUGGAAUUCAAAUUGGACACAUGUUUCCUAGCCAGCUUAUGAUAGAUAAUGCGUUGUGUAUAGGUGUAUUUAAUAUGCAAAUUGAUGUCAAUUUGUUGAAGAGAAACUUGCGCCAUUCUUUUGUAGUUAAUCGACGAGUGAACUAUAUGCUGUAUUCGUUCCUGUCCAAAGUAUUUGGAGUGAUUGAAAGUACCUGGUGAUAAAGCAUUCAUGAGAUUUCUGCAC